CGAACAGAUUCGAAACGAGCCGCCAGUCACGCGUCCGCUGUCCUUCUCCCCCCAUUUAUUUCGUGCCGCUGCGUUGCUGUCGCCUGGUCCGGUUCCCAAUCUCAUCGCCAAGCAAUCACUCUAGCCCUCCCCACCAGCGUGACCUCGGCAGUAUGGCGAGCCCGCAGUGCUGCGCGAACCCGCCGACGCUCAACCCCGCCGCCGGCGAGGGCAAGGUCGUGGACAGCUUUGGCGGGAUCAAGGCGUACGUCGCCGGCGCCCAAGAGUCCAAGGCCGCCGUCGUUCUCAUCUCCGACGUCUACGGGUUUGAUGCGCCGAAUCUGAGGAAGAUAGCCGAUAAAGUUGCUUCGUCUGGAUAUUUUGUUGUGGUGCCAGAUUUCUUACAUGGGGAUCCAUUUGUACCUGAAGACGCUGACAGACCAAUAGCAGUGUGGAUAAAGGAGCAUACCCCGGGAAAAGCAUUUGAAGAGGCAAAACCUGUUAUUGCUGCUCUAAAGGAACAAGGAGCGUCUAGUGUUGGGGCUGCAGGUUAUUGCUGGGGUGCAAAGGUAGUUGCAGAGUUAGCAAAAGCUAAUGAGAUCCAGGCAGCCGUUAUGUCGCACCCUUCAUUUGUUACUGUUGAUGAUAUAAAAGAGGUGAAAUGCCCCAUCGCUAUACUUGGAGCUGAAACUGACAAAACAUCCCCACCAGAAUUGGUCAAGCAGUUCGAGCAGGUUCUAGCCUCUUCUAACUCUGGGAUUGCUAACUUUGUCAAGAUCUUCCCUGGGGUUUCUCAUGGAUGGACCGUGAGAUACAAAAGCGAAGACGCAGCUGCUGUGAAGAGCGCUGAGGAAGCCCUGGUGGACAUGGUUGACUGGUUUAACAAGAACCUCAAGUGAACCUAAUGAAUUAGCGGCCAUCCUUUUGUAAUAAGCCAGUGUCACUCUUCAGGAGUCAUCACGCGAGCAUCCACGGUUUAUGUUAUGGUCUCUUAGCUAUAGCCUAUAGGGCAUGCUUCUUUGUCUGCCGCAGGUCUGCUGGUAUGUGUGUGAUUGCUCAUUUCGGGGUCUGCUUGUGCUGAACACUGAACUAUUGCACUCAAAUAAAAUGUGGUAUUUGCAGUUC